CAUAACGAGAACGUUGUUUCCUUUAGGUGCUGUGUCAGAGGGAAGUAUGAUAUUAGUAUGAUAGUAACGUAAGCAUGUCUUGCAAUACAAAAGCGACAGGUUCGCAAGAGAUUAUGAUCUGAAACUAGGGCAAGAUGUCAGGUGGAUUGCGAAACUGUUGAUCAUUUCUGCAUACUCUACCGUACGAGCAAUCAUGUAAUAUAAAUACGCAUGUGUUUUUUUUUUUUUUCAGAUACGAGUACUAAUUCUCGCGGCCUGCAUGACAGGGCUCGUCUGCUUCGCCUGGAGUACGCGAGCGCACCUCUCAAGAGCGCGCAAUGCGUGCCGUACACAGAACUGCUCCUCUCCCCGCUGCCUGGGGUGUGCGUUUCCGCAGGCAGCUCUCAGUAAUGACAACGCUUCUCUCGAAAUACUAAACAGCACCGCUCACUUGAAAUGGACCUACGCCGACUCGCUUAAGGACAUAUGCAGAGGAUCUCUGGCCCCGGUUCACUACGUCAUUGCGGUCAGCUCACUACCAAGCGCCGCCUACCAAAGACACAUCAUCCGCGCCGACCUCUGGUACAUACGAAACGCAUCGUCUAGCGUGAAACUAAUUUUUUUCUCCGGAAGACCGAAGAACGCGGCGCUUCUAGCGCGUGUGAAACACGAGCGGGAUUCGAACGCCGACCUUGUGCUGAGUGACUUGGACGGCGUUCCCGAGAGCGCCUCUCUCGCGACCCUCGUGCUGCUACGUUGGGUUGCCGAGUUUUGCACGACCGCGCCGUUUGUGAUAAAAAUCACCGACGAAGGUCGUGUGAACGCGCGCUUUCUCCAAGCAUCCUACGACCUCAACGUGAAGCUCGCUGAAGAGUUCGACAUGUUCGGUUCGUUCGUUUCUCUUCGCGGCGAAGCGUGCAGUGAACCCCCGGCUCAGCACUCGGUCAGGCGGUGCCCGGACCACGAUGGGUUUCUUUCCGGAUGCGCGUAUAUGCUGACACGCAGGGUGGUGCGCCCACUUCUGAAGGCCUCCGCGACUCACCCGCCAGUUCUUCCCGAAGAUGUGUACGUGACAGGAACACUGGCUGAAGCCAUCGGCGCGAGGAGAGGAGAAAUGGUUAGCUUCGAAGGAUGCUAUUACUCGUACGUGAAAGCCAUGCCUUUCAUACCUCAGAGUGCGCAUUACUGGCUAAGGGACCGAAUGCGGAUUUUGUUGACGAAGCUGACACUGUUUUGGCAAGAAAUGCAAUAACUGCUUGGCACGCCAGCACGCUAGCUAGAGUGGAGUUUUCUUUCUUUUCGUAACCCAACACUCGCUGGCAGGGCAUGUGGCUUUUAGAAGGACUGCUGAAUUUUUUUACGAAGACCGCAAGUGCUAAAAUAUAGACAUGGCUUAGGGUCUCGCACUGUUUACCUUCAUGAGGACUGAGCUUACGAAUCAUCCCUGCUGUUAUUUCUUGAUAGCUAUGUCACACCUUUUCUAGGCACCCUUCUUAUUUAUAUGUGGAGAUGCAAAAGGCCGGCAAUGACAUCAUAGCCUUUCUUGAAUAAGACUUGCAAGUCCAUUACAGAGGUUUUCCUUACCGACCUACCCCACUUUUGCAUUCACUUCUAGCACGAUCAAUGUUAGAAUUUUGUAUGAAGAGCUGCAUAAGUGUGGGGCUAAUAGAUAUAAAACUACAUCUUUGUAAAGUGUAAGUUGUUUGUCUAUCUUUCGAAGCCUGUUUUCUAAAGCUUUCACUUAAAUGCAAUCCAAGAAACGUUGACUGCCAAACUGCAAUUUGUUCAUUAGACCUAAGCUAGAAUGCGCGCGUACUGUCGAACUGGUCUACACAGCUACAGAUUAUAUGCCUCGAAAGACUGCAAAUGAAAGCAGCCUGGUUCAAAACAAGUUAUCAUCUCAAUAUUCUUCUGAAUUAUUAAAACGCGUGAAAUACAGUUAAAGAUUCGGUUCUUCUCUCUUCUCUUUAGCCAUAAGCUUGACAAGUUUCUGUUCAAGGAGUGUUUUACUACAAAAACAGUAAACUUAGCAUGCCAUAUUUUCACCCUAACAAAUCAAAACCACAGGACACCAUCGGUACGACGCAUGACCCCAUAUUGUUUUUAGAACUGUCACUUUACUCAUUUUCCGAAAAUGGCAUCGGAUUGGAACCUAUUAAUCCUGACAUCUCCUUUGUCACGGUUACUACACCAAAGUUCGACAAUUGAAGCAACGACACAUUUCUUGUUAUGGAACCGCUGUUAUUGCAGAAACGAAUAAGCAUGUUCUUUUGCUCCUCUUGUGUAUUGUGUUAUCUCCAAUUUGUGUUAUCUCCCUGCUUGAACCCAAAGGUUUCCACUGCGUGAUCAAAUAAACCUGUCGACCUCCCACUAUGUUAAGAA